AGCCUCUUCGUUUGUGCUCUCUCUCUCUCUCUCUCUUACACACACAAACAAACAGACAAUCAUCAGCCAUGUCUGCCGAAUCCGCCUCUGCUGUUCCAAGAAGCCAAGUGGAUUUGCUUGAUUUCAUAGAUUGGUCCGGAGUCGAAUGCCUCAAUCAAAACGGCGCCCACUCCCUUCCCAAUGCUCUCAAACAGGGUUACAGAGAAGAUGAGGGUUUGAAUCUGGAGAGUGAUGCAGAUGAGCAGUUAUUAAUGUAUCUACCUUUUACCCAAGUUAUAAAAUUACAUUCUUUUGCCAUUACAGGACCUGAGGAGGAAGGUCCUAAAACAGUUAAGCUUUUCUCAAACAAGGAGCAUAUGGGAUUUAGCAAUGUCAAUGACUUCCCUCCGAGUGACACAGCUGUUUUAUCUGUAGAUGAUCUUAAGGGGAAACCGGUGGUGGUAAAAUAUGUCAAGUUUCAAAAUGUGCGCAGCUUGACCAUCUUUAUCGAGGACAAUCAGUCUGGUUCUGACAUUACAAAAGUUCAAAAGAUCAUCCUCUAUGGAACUACGGUGGAGACAACAGAUAUGAAAGGUUUAAAGAAGGUCGAGGAUCACUGAGCUUGAAAUGAUCAAGACGACGAAUAUACUCAUACACAUCAGUUGGAAGCAUUCUUAAUGCUCACCUUCUAUUAUCAUCAGCAUUUAACAUUCCUCUUAGCCCGUGAGUUCUAAUGUGCCCUUUCAAUGACAAACUUGUCAGUUUUGAUGGUCCCUCCAUCUCAUUUGUAUUGGUUUCGACUCUUUCAAGUUUUAGCUGUUAUCUAGUUUUCCUGUAUUGUCUGAAGACAAUACUGUGAUGUGUUCAAACAAUUUGAAUUUGCUGGGCUAGUGAGUUUGGGCACUGUUUCAUUUUCUUUCUUUCUUUCUUUUUUCUGUUUACUUCACGGUUUCUCACCAACUAGAAAAUUGUAGACCA